AUGGCUGUUUUCCCAUGCGAAUCGAUUGCUGAAGUCUGGACUGAUUGGGAGUGGGAUGAUGGAUUAAUACAUUGGUGGAUUAGUAUAUUGUCAUUUACUCAUGGAGAAGAUUAUAUUUCCAAUAGUACUUUCAAAGAGUGUACUGACAGUAGUUUGCUAGAGAAAAAACUACCGAAGCAAAUGGUAGCUAAAGUAGUGAUUAUAAUAAUAGAUGCAUGGCAAGAACGGUUUUUUUUCCAUCAGAAAUCAAUGCAGUUCUUGCAUCAGUUAAUAAGUAAUGGUCAGGCAGUUGCGUUUUCAGCACGUGUCCAGUCGCCUACUGUGACAAUGCCAAGGAUUAAAGCAGCAACGACGGGUAUGAUUCCUUCGUUUGUUGAUAUUGUAAGGAAUUUUGCAUCAGAUUCCAUUUCAAGUGAUAAUAUCAUUGAUCAACUAAAAAAUAAAGGUUAUAGAUGUAGAUUUUGUGGUGAUGACACAUGGUUACGAUUAUUUCCUAAUCGCUUCGAUAAUCUUUCAGUGGGCGUAACUUCAUUUUAUGUCAGUGAUUUUAAAGAAGUGGAUGAGAAUGUUACUGCUUGUAUGCGUGCUAGUUUUGAAAAUAAUGCGUUUCGAAAAUGGGAUCUGGUGAUUUUGCACUACUUGGGACUUGAUCACAUAGUUCCAGGGCAUUCUCUGGGAGGUAUGCAUAAAGAAAUCGAUAUUAAGCUCCAUGAGAUGGAUGUUGUGAUCCAAGAAAUAUACCUUAAGCUUCAGGAGGUAUAUAGCAUGUAUAAUAUUCUGCAGACUUGUCACUCAAACUUUUCUGUGAUUGUUUUUGGUGAUCAUGGGAUGACGGAAAGUGGAAGUCAUGGUGGUUCCUCAAAACUCGAAACUUACGUACCUGUUGUUUAUAUUGAUGGAAAAAACCGAUCUGCCGGCAACAAAGUACUCUCUGGUGCUUUUCUAAGUUUAAUUUUUGUCAAACUGCAGAUUUUAGUACCAUCAAUUGAGCAAAUCGAUAUUGUCCCAACACUGGCAACUUUAUUUAAUGUACCUAUUCCAAAAAAAAAUCUUGGUAUUACAUUUUUACCCUAUCUAGCAACUGAUAACUCAGAUCCUUUUGUGCUUCUUUCUUUAUUGCGCAACUGUGAACAAUUUCAAAUGCUUGGCACAAUAUCAGAUAAACUUCAUGAUUAUAUCAGUGAUUUAUCUUCCGUUUUGCGCGAAUAUUGUGCAAGGAAUACCGUAACGAAUUGUAGCAGAUUGGUUCGAAAUUGUAUGCAAAAAUUACGAGAAAUUCAAUCCAAACUCAUACGUGAUGGAACAGCUUAUGGAAGUCAAAGUGCUAUCAAUCUCGCUAUUUUUAUGCAGUUCUUACUGUUUGCUGAAUUUUUCGCUUCUAGUUUGAUAGAAGAAGAACAUGAUCUCCAGGUUUCUCGCAAACGAAAAGCAUGCCAUAAAAUUUUGACGUUGUUGUGUAUAAUUUUCAUUCACCGUUUCUGUCGAGGCUACGUUGAAUCAAGCAGGCGACGUUGGGUAAUGGAAGAGGACAUCCUUCCUAGUAACGGAACUGGUUGGAUUAGUUAUUAUGAGAUAUUAACAAGUAUCGGUAGUUUUAAUAAUGUACCAGAUCCUUCUAAUUUGCUAUUUAUUUUGUCUUUUUACAGGAUUACUUUUUUGUUGGCAUUUUUUGGCAAUAUAUUUUUAUUGCUUAAAUUGAGAAAUUGCUUUUUGUGCAUGGUGCUGUGGGUGAUUUUUAUUAUGCGAGCACACAACCUGCCUCUUGCUAUCUUAAACUUGGUUCUGGGAUAUUGCUUAACAUCAGUUGAUGCAUCACCACUUCUGGUCAUUCGUGCUGUAUAUUCAUCGUUUUUUUAUUUGGGUAACUCGAAUAGUUUCUCUACAAUCGAUAUUGCAGUAGGAUUUGCUGGCGUCAAAACUUAUCAGCCAGUAAUUAUUGCUCUUCAGAUUAUGCUCAAUACCUAUUCCGGACCUUUGCUCAUUAUUUUUGGUUGGUGGCAGUCAUUUGUUGGACAGUCAUCGAAAUUGUUAUCGCAAAAACUACAGACUGCCCUUCUCUGCUAUAUGUCCUUUGUGGUACACUUCAAUAUUUCGUUUUGUAUGUUAUCACUUUGUAUUCAACGCUAUCAUUUGUUUAUUUGGUCUACCUUUGCACCAAAAUUUUUAUAUGAAUUUGCUCAUCUUAUAACAUUAACUCUAGUUACCUUAUCUCUAUUAACUGUUCAUAAAUUUUCGAUAAAUUAA